CCCCUCUUUUCCAUCAGCCGAAAUCUCUGUUGUAUCCUAAAACCCCAAAAACCAGCAAUGAGAAAUCAAUGGCGUCUCCUCUUUCAACGAUGCAAACCUGUUUCUGAGCUUCAUUUCAAGGUACAAUCAUCAACUACCGUUCCUCUUUCUCAUCAUCGCACUUUCUAUUCACGUAUCCCUCAAUCGGGUGCACCUCAAAUUCGUUUCCAAAACCCUAGUUUCCCUCGGUUAUUCACUUCGUCAUCUGAACUCGCUGUUGAACAAAACAAAGUCUCGGAUCAAUCUGUUAUUACAUCAGCAUUGAUUGAACUGUAUUCAGAUCCAGUCAAAAGUAAUGAAGAUGUGAUGCUCGAAUUGAGGUCAAAAAAGGACCUAGCUAGUGAUUAUGUUAACGAACUUUUUAAUAAUCGCGGUUCUGAACCUGGAGCUGCUAAGAUUUUUUUUGAUUGGGUUAUGUCUAAGGAAGGUGAUAAUUUGAGCUCCAAUUCAUGUAAUCGGAUGUUGGGGAUGUUGGGGGCAAAUGGGUUGGUGAAAGAGUUUUGGGAUUUGGUUGAGAUUAUGAAGAAGAAAGGGUAUGGAGUGAAGAAGGGUGCGUCUGUUAGAGCCAUGUCAAAGUUUGAGGAGGAAGGCAUGGAAGGUGAUGUGCAGAAGUUGAAAGGUUUGUUUGCAUUGGGGUCAGUGGAUGAUUCGGUCGAGAAAGCUAGCUCUAGAGUUUGUAAAGUUAUUCGACAGGUACCGUGGGGGGAUGAUGUUGAAACAAAGUUGCAGGAGAUGGGUGUUGUGUUCUCGGGUGAUCUGGUUAAGGCGGUGCUGGAAAAUCUUGGAACAGAACCUAAUAAAGCAGUUAUAUUCUUUAGGUGGAUUGAGGAGAGUGGCUUAUAUAAACAUGAUGAGAAGACUUAUAAUGCUAUUGCAAGAGAGUUGGCUAGAGAAGAUUAUAUGGACAAAUUCUGGAGGUUGAUUGAUGAAAUGAGGACUGCAGGGUAUGACUUGGAGAAGGCUACUUAUAUUAGAGUUCUGAAUCAAUUUGUUAGGAAAAAAAUGUUGAAAGAUGCAGUUGAUUUGUAUGAGUUUGCUAUGGGUGGAAAUAUUAAGCCCUCGGUGCAGGAUUGCCCCUUCCUUUUGAGAAAAAUAGUGACCAGUAAUGAGUUAGAUAUGGAUUUGUUUUCCAAAGUGUUAAGGAUUUAUAAGGAGAGUGGGAAUACACUUACGAAUACUGCAUUGGAUGCUGUUCUCAAAUCUUUAAUGAGUGUUGGUAGAUACGGGGAGUGCAACAAGAUCCUGCGAGCAAUGGAGGAAGUUGGUUUUCUUAUUGGUGAAAAGUUGCAAGGUAAAAUUGCUUUUCAGCUCAGCAAGGACAGUAAAACAGAGGAAGCAAGUGAGUUUCUUGAUUUGAUGGAAGCAUCCGGGACUGCUCCAAGUUACAAAACUUGGGGAUCUCUGAUUGAAGGAUACUGUCUUUCUGGGCACCUGGAUAAAGCUUGUGAUUGUUUUCAAAAGAUGAUUGAAAAGGAAGGCUCCUCAGGUGCUGGCUAUGCAUUGGAAAUGUUGAUAAGUGCAUUUUGCUCCAAGGAAAGAGCAGCCGAAGCUUACAAACUUCUGUCGGAGGUGGUCAUUGGGAAAGGAGUUGAGCCUUGGCAUACUACAUACAAGUUGUUAAUAAGCAAGCUAUUGGAUAAUGGGUUAUUUAAAGAAGCUACUAACCUUCUUCCUCCCAUGAAAAAUCAUGGAUACCCGCCUUUCUUGGAUCCAUUUGUUAAAUCUGUUGCAAAAACUGGGACUACUGAGGAUACUCUUAUGUUCUUGAAAGCAAUGACUGUGAAGAGGUCACCAUCUACAGCCGUCUACAUGCGUGUCUUUAAGGCAUACUUCAAGGCUGGAAGGCACAGCCAAGCCCAAGAUCUUCUUUCAAAAUGCCCACGCUAUAUCCGAAGCCAUGUAGAAGUUUUAAAUCUCUUUAGUUCCAUGAAAUGUGUUAAAGAGAAUGCUGCCUCCACCCCUGUGGCUGCAUGAUGA